AUGGCGUCAACAGGAUUUGUACCCAGUCUCUGCAUUUUGCUGAAUGUGCUUCUGGUAUACUCUGCACGAAGAAAUCUUUGUCAAACUAGAGAAUAUAUAAUGCUCCUAUUCGAUAGUUUAUCUAAGACUGAUAGGUACACAGCAGGGAAAAUUCUUGGUUUAUACUAUGAGCUGGGAAGGGUGGAGGACACAGAGGAGUUGCUAGAUGCUUUCACUUUGUCAAAACAAGAUUCAGAAAUUCUCUCCUUAAUGCACACUUAUGAUAGGCGAGACCUAUUUUUGGAAUGCUUAAGAGAUUCUUCCAAGCUCAGAAGAUCAUCUUAUGACAUUUUGGUUGCUGGGCUUCCGGCGAGCUGGCUUGCAGGAGAAGUUGGGUUUGGUAAUUGA